AUGGCCACAUCCAGGGGCCUUGAUGCCAGUGCCGACUGUUCCCUGCACGCUUCCACGUGCACGCCAACAUUGCAAGACCGUGUCACGGACCGAAACAGCUACAGUGAUGACACACCUGAGGUGAACACAACUCUGGCAGCAUCCUGACCCCUGACGGGGCAAGUGCAUGUGGAAUCUGGAAACUUCACAGCUGAGCCUACAAAGGUGCUCAUGGCGCUCAGAAGGGGUUCUGGAUCCAGUGGUAGGAAGUCAUUUCAAGCAGUUGAACAUUCACAGAAGCAGCUCAGGAUCCUGCUGCUUCUUUGUCCAGCAGGCAUCAGGCCCCAGGCUGGAGGCCACGUGCCAGGCUGGCAGGAUUUGUCCACUGUGAAGCUCAACACCCCCUCAGGCCCUGUGCUGCCUGCCCAGAUUCCCCUGUCUCAGGAUGCCCUCCGCACCCUCCGAAUUCCCAGCCGCUGCUCUGGGGCCCGCACGGAGGACUUGGGCCCAGCCCCUCGAAGCUGCAAAGAGAACAGUGGGUCAAAGGUGUGAACUCCUGUAUUCACCCCUAGGUUUUGUCAGAUCGCUUCGGAGGCUGCCCUCUUCGCCGUGGCUGCCGAGUGCAGAGCUGGGCAUUCGAGUGGGCAGAGUGGUGCUCGGCUUCCCUGCAUCUCCUGGGCCAUGUGUGCUGACCCGUGCCCACUGCAUUGCUCCUGUGUGCCCUGCACAUACGACUGUGUCUUUCCCGUGUAUUUAACACUGCUUCAUGUCUUCCAGUUCUGCUUUGUGGUUUGUGACUGA